UUAUUCACUGCUUGGCUGUGCCGGAUCAAUAGCCACAUCUUUUGUUUACGUUUUUGCUGCUUUUCUGUGUCCUUCAAGAAAAAUUCAUUUUAAAAAGUCUUCAUUGAUAUUGAAAUGGGUGGCGAUCACGGCCAUGGAAUUCCAAAAAUUCCUGAUUAUAGAAUUUAUAAAGUAGAAGAUUGUCCUCAACUUAUGACAACAAAACGAAUGCUUGCACAACAUGGGUUGAAAGAUCCUUGGCUAAGAAAUGAAGUGUGGAGGUACCCACCAGAGUCCGUAAACGGCCAAUGGAAACAACUGAAUGAAAUAUUUUUCCGAAAGUUUAAAUGGGGAUUUGUUGCUGCUGUCCUGACCAUAGUUGGAGAAAAAGUUUAUCACCACUAUUAUCCGGAAGAAGAUCAUCAUCAUCACUGAAUAAGUGAUAGUGCAAAAAUUAGUUAAAACACUUUACCUGUAAUUAUGUUGUAUUCAAGUAAAUUUAUAAAAUUAAAUGAUUUGU